AUGAAUUUAGCUCCUUAUUUAUACCAGCUGAAGAAAGUAGACGCAGCUAAGUUUUCCAUGGAAAACAAGGACCAUUGGUCAACAAUUCUUCAAUCAAACUUGCUGCAUAACAUACUGAACUUUUGCAUCAUUAUUAAUGCCCUGCUUACAGGCGAGCAUCCUCCCUGUUUCUUGCACAAUAAUGCAUCAUCAGAGUCGGCUGAACCCGAGUCUACAGCGACACCCGAGACUUUGUUUAAGCAAAAGCCCAAACAUGUGCGCAAUAAUCAAUCUGCCCCUGCUGCUUCUCGUGAAGAGAAGCAGCGUAAUGGAUAA